AUGGCACUGAAAUCAUGUUGUACAUACAGCAUCGGAGUUUUUUCUAUACUAGUUUUGAUCCUGGGCAUUUCUUUGGUCCUGUCUAACGUGUUUCCUCACUUUUUACAGUCGGUGGUUGAAAAGGUAAGUGUUUUUAAUGAUAGCAAUGUUGUAUGUUGCGUGAGAAAGAAGCUACUGUGAUUAAAUCUAAUGUUGGACAUUUCUAAUACAGAUCUUGUUAUCUAGCCUGACAAAACAAUAAAGAGAAACGGCGCUGUUUUAUUGCGCCACUUUAACUGACAACAAAUGCUUCAUAUAGCCAUAAUUUAAGGGUGUGAUAUUAAGUUUAAGGAUUUAUUAAAGAUUGUUUUGUGCCAUGUACUGUCAAUUUUAACAACCAGUCUUAAAUCCCGCUUCGGGCAUUUUUUUCAGGCAGGGUGUGGUGUUAUAAUGAAUUCAAGACGAUGUUUGUUUACAGCACAAACACCACAAACUUGUUUUUUUUAUGUAUAUUACGUAUAGUUAUUCAGUUAUUCAGAUUUUUUAUAUAUUUUUGUACCCUCACCCCUUUGGCCUCUGUAAAUGUAACAUAAAUAGUCUACAAAGAUAGCAAACACUCAUGGUGGUUUGACCAUGCAGCAGUGGCUUUUGUCAUAUGAUGGGAGAAAAGCCAAGUCAGCAGCAGAUUAUUUCGUCUAAAGUCAUGCCUUUUUUUCUUUACUCUGCCGAACAAGGUAACCCACUGCUCUUUGUCCCCUGCAGGAAGUAGUUUUAAAGAAUGGCACGGUGGCAUUUAAGGCCUGGGAGAAUCCACCAGCUCCUAUUUACAUGCAGUUUUACUUCUUUAAUGUGACCAAUCCCCUGGAGGUGUUAGAUGGGGACAGGCCUGCUGUGGUGGAAGUCGGACCAUAUACAUACAGGUGAGAGUGGAGCAGAACCAGAAGUGAAAAUAGGACAGUGACUAGAGAAAAACUGCAGUAUACAGCGUGUCUACAGGAGCACCUUUUAAAGGCAAAAUGCUUCCUUUUAGUUUAUAAAACAUUAAAACCUUGACACCACUGAUAUACAGCCUGACGAUAACUAUUUUUGGGUGAAUUUUUUGUCCCUGGCUGACCUUAAGUAGCUUCACAUUUACUACUCAUCCAAUUGACCUAAAGCCUGCUAACCCUCAAGAUAUAAAGGUGCCUGAGAGUGGAUGAUUAGAUUAACUUAAAGACACAGACAGUAGUGAAAUACAACAGAUCCACGAAACAAUGCUAUCAACAGGUUAGAGCAUGCAAGGUAAACCAGUGUACACAAUAUGAUAGAAAUGUUUGAAAGUGCAAAGGCAAAGAUGCAUCCAAAUCUAUCAAUUAUAUAUGAAGCAUUCCUGAAUUAAAGAGCCUAAAGUUGGCACACUGUGACCUAGAAACUAUCAUCAGGGUUUAAUUGUGAUUUUUUUCUAUUUUUUUGUUGUUAUAAAGCGAUACAUGUGGUCUUGUUCUCAUUUGUUUGAAACAUUUCCUUUCACCUGAUCUCUACACUUGACAAAGUAGCUUUCUCAGCAGUUUGUCUCGUUGACAAAACAAGAAUGUCAUCAAUGAGACAGACGUAUUUGUUCUUCCCUCUUUUCUGAAGCAUUUUUCUGUGUCAAAAGGCAGCUCUUCACAAUGACUGUAUCACAACCUUUUUAAUGAUUGAUUUCAUCUUUGUGGUCCACUGGCACAUUUCUUGAUUUCAUGUUAUUCUGUAAACCCAGAUUUGGUAGACAGCAUCAUGCUAGAAGCUAAAUAGUCCAAAAAACAUUAUUGUGGAGCACUUGAGGAAGAGACUCAGACUUCGGGGUCAUCAGUGAAUGUAGCAUAGUAACUGCAAUGUUGCUCAAUAACUGCAAAGAUGAUUAUUAAGGUUUUUUACUGUCAUGUGGGAUGAAUCACGGGAGUUAAAUAUCUUAAGAGGAACAGCUCCUGUCUUGCAUCAUGAUAAACUUUGACCGGCUUUGGUGACAACUUUUUAAGCACUGAUUUGCCAUCUUGUCUCUGGAAAUUGUGCUGCAAAUACUGCGUAUAUUGUAACUUGGAAAUUACAUUGUCCUACACAGAGAGUACCGGCCCAUGGAGCAGGUGAACUUUCACAGUAAUGGCACUAAAGUUGCAGCCGUCAACACAAAGACGUACAUAUUCCAGCGGAACAUGUCCGCAGGUCCAGAGAGUGACCUCAUCAGGACAAUCAACAUCCCUGCAGUGGUGAGCCAGAAUUUCAUAAGUUACCGGGGUUGUCUGGUCAAACAUCCAAGUUAGAAGACAGUUGGAUUUGCAUGUAGCAAAUGAAGCAUUACUGCACCCACACGAAUUAGGGAAUUAUUUAUUUGUAGCACAACAAAAUAAAUUUAGUUAAAACAUCCAGGAGGCACCGUAUUGGCUAAAAUCUGGGGAUGGUAUACAAUAUGUAUUACAAUAUGGGAGUUGAGGGGUUCAGUAUUUUUCCAAAAAUUGCAAAACUUUGAGCAAAAAUAAAAUUGUUAUUAUAAAUUUUAGGAAAUCACAGUUUAAAUCAGAUUAUAAAAUGAUAUGUGACUGCAUAAAUGCUUUUAGAUCUUAAUUUAUGUUAAUUCCAGACCUUUGAAUGUCAUGGCAGUACUUGAAGUAUACUGUCCAAAUGUGUUAACAUGUUUUUCAGCUUCAUAUUUGCUGUGCUCUGUUGCAUUAUCAUUGUGUAACUUGGUUUAUCCUUUAGGGUUUUUAUGACUUAGAGUAAAUGAUUCAUAGUAUUUUGUAAACUUUCUGUUUUAUUCCCAUGAAAUUUAGUGUUUAAAAUAUGAGGAUGUCUUCAAAUCAAUCAUUUUCCUUUUGCAGGCUGUGAUGGACAAAUUUAAGGAUGAUUCUAUUGUAGCCAGUCUGAUCGCCUCCUACAUGAGGGCCACAGACACGGGCCUGUUCACCACCCGCACAGUGGGACAGCUGCUGUGGGGAUAUGAAGACAGUCUGCUCAAAACCCUCAGAACUUUUGAACCUGAUCUGGAUGAUCAUUUUGGACUGUUUUAUAAGGUACAUUAAAGCAUUUAUCGACUUUAUUUCACAAAAAUGUCUAAACCAACAUUUUAAACUCGUUACAAAACUCUUUGUUUUCUUCUCUCAGGCUAAUGCUUCCAACGACGGGGACUAUGUGUUCUUCACCGGUCAGAAAAACUACAAGGACUUUGCAAGAGUGGAUACCUGGAAUGGGGACAGGUAAGUGUCUUCUACCACCUUAAGGCCAAAAAACAACAACUAAUGGAGAUAAAUGUAGCUUAUUAGUCAUCCCUAUUGAUUACAAGUAAUUUCAAUGGAUUAGAGAAAACUCUAUCUUUGCCAGACAGGAAUGUCAUCAAGGUUUGUUUUGUCUUGUCUGAUAACAUUGAGGGAUAGCAGACUGUUUGUGUUUCAUAUUGAUGUCUUAUCUUUUCAUACAUUGCUUGUUAUUUAAAGUUAAAGUGACUUCAACCUUCAUUAUAACCUCAGUUUGAUAAGAGAUGAGAGGCUGUGUAAAAUGUUCAUAAAAAUAGAAUUUGACGGUUUGUGAAUUUGUGUGGUGUUUACAGAAGACCUGGAGGAAAAACAUCUUGCAGCUAACUACAUAAAAAUGACUAGCCUAACAAGAUUUGAGUUGUUAUGAAAACUAAUUAUACACUAAUUAUAUCCUGUGUGUGUUUGCAGCAUGCUGAGCUGGUGGACAUCUGAUGAGUGCAAUAUGAUCAAUGGAACCAAUGGGGCGUCUUUCCAUCCAGUCAUCACAAAAGAUGAGAAGCUCUACAUGUUCUCCUCUGACCUCUGCAGGUCAGCAGCACACUGUUUAAGUCUUACAUGACUGAAGCUUCUCAUACGGGUCAUUUGGCAUCAAAAGAGAGCAUGCAUAUUUGUGAAUAAUUUUAUAUUGGCAUUGGUAUGACACUUCAUGAUGAGUCAGCUAACCACCUUUGUGACGCUGCUUAAAACAACUAGUAAAGACUCACUUUUACUGGACAUAAAUCAGAAGAAGGAGUUGGACGUAUGCAGACAGUCAAAAGGUCAUUCAAGGGUUUAUGAGGCAGUUACAUGUUUAAGACCAGAGCAAGAAUUUAAAACGCUUUUAAAACCUUUUUCUGUGCAAAAAGUAUGAACACACUUUCUCUGUCAAUGCAGAUGUACUUUGUAAGCCAGAUUUAUUACCAGGAAUGUACUGUACUGUAGUGUACCUAUUCAAGGAAUUUGCUGCUUGACAUAAACAGGAGGGUAUUUAAAAUAAAAGCCGGAGGGAUUUGAACACACACAUUUUGUUAAUAAAGUUAGAUCAAAUGAAAGAAAAAGUAAAAUCUUUUCAAAUAUGGAAGAAACGUUUCUCAAAAGUGUGGCACAGUUUGUGCAGGAUACUACGAAGGAAGUAUAAGCAAUUUCAGAGAGAGUGCUCUCAAUUUUCUGAGAUAAUAAGCUUUGUGGGUUAAUGUAGUGCCUGAUGUUUCAGAUCGAAACUCUGUAUUUGAUAAUGUCGCAUUUAUAUAACAGACAAAGUCAGAUGAGUCUGUGUCACAGGAGGCCUCGAUCGUACUAAAUGGGGAAAUGCUUACAGAUGUAUCUCAUGUGUCGCUUUGUCUCGCAGGUCUAUCUAUGCUGUGUUCCAGGAGGACGUGUCAUUGAAAGGGAUCCCUGGGCUUCGCUUCAGCCCUCCUAGCGAAGUGUUCGCAAAUCUGACUGUGAACCCAGCCAACGCGGGCUUCUGCGUACCUGCUGGCAACUGCCUGGGCUCUGGUGUGCUGAAUGUCAGUGUCUGCAAACAAGGUGAAAGUUAAACCGAGCCGAAUUUCACAUCGUUGUAUUGGAAACUGUUUUCAUUAUGAUUCUCUUUUCUGUGAAUUUGCUGCUUAAAUUCUUCAUCAUGUCGCUCUGUCUCUUGCGUUUUUAGGAGCCCCCAUCAUAAUGUCGUCGCCGCACUUCUACCAGGCAGAUGAAAGAUUUGUUGAAGAUGUUUUUGGAAUGAGGCCCAGGAAGGAGCUGCACGAGACAACAAUUGAUAUCAACCCGGUGAGAUUUUUCAGCUUUGAUCAUUUAAGUUUUAAUCAGCUCUAUGGUUAAGGUGUGUGCCUCAUGUAAAGAAUCUACAAUCCUGAAUGUGUGUGGACAGGGUUUGGCAUGGAACUUUGGCCCUUUGCCUUCAAACACUCCCUACUCUUCAUUCUCAGCUUCCUGCUCCUCUUCUCUGCUGUUGAUCCUAAAGGCCUGAAGAACUAAAAGAUUAUCUUCAUAAAAAUUAGUUCAGUUAGUUGUUUUAAUCACCCAAAUCUCACCUGAUCGCUCUUGAGCAUGAAAGAAAUAGUUAAGGAUGUAUAAUAUGUGUUUUUUUUUAAGCUAUCUUGUAUUGGUUUAUUUGACAAGACAGUGACUCACAGCCACCACCAGAUGGCAACCUCUCUCAGCUUUGUGACAUAAAGCUAAACAGACAGGAAGUAGACAUUCUCAUGUUUUCAAAGUAGAAGUCAAGCAUUCGAACAGGGGUACAUGGAGCAGAGCUAAACGCCAGAGAUAAGCUCUUAUCAUGUGUUAUUCUGUGAUAGCACGGCUGAGAAUGUUGUAAAUCACUGAUAAGGAGAAACAGACUGACAAACACUUCCAGGAGCGUAGUAUGUCCUUUGACAUCUGAUAUAGUGCAGGUUUGACUUCCCGUCAUGUAUACAUCCCUUAUAUUCUGGUCUAGUCCUGCGUUUGACAGAGCAGACAGACUAAAGGCCCACCAGCAACAGGGACAAACUGCAAGUCCAGGAGGUGAUGCAAGAUGUUUAAUGGUAUAUUUUCUCUUCAAUAGACAGCCAUGCAGAGAUUCCUUUCAAAGGAGACACUAUUGAACUUCUUUUAUUGUGUUUUUUUAGUGCCCACACAGUUUGGAUCCAAAAGCUGCAGCUUAGUCUUGAAUUAGAAAGAAAUAAAACAGGAAUCUGUGCGCAUGACAUAACAGAGGUGCUGAAGUGGUUUAGGAGAAAAUCAUUUUCUGCAUUUCUCCAACCAGACGUACAGCUGCACCUCAAAAAGUCUCACCACAAGUUUUCACUUUUUCCCGUACUACUGUGUUAACCCUGCAGCUCCAUGAGGUCAAAGUCCUGCAACUGCUGUCAUAAAUACUGAGUCGCAGUGCCUUACACAAACACACCGGUGGAAAAACAUCAAAGAAAAUUUAUUGCAAGCUUCCCGGCUGAGACGUCAUAAUCAUGCUACUCACGGUUCAUAUAUGUGCAGAAAGAAAUAUUUGCAAGCAUUAAAAUCAUCAACAUGAUAUUUGAUCUUUGUGCAGUGUGUGUUGUAAUGAACUAGAAAGUGCAUGAGAGUGACAUGAGUGUGUUACAUCCUGGACACAGUCAGUAUUAUAAAGUUUCUCUCAAACUUUGUCUCCUUAACUAACAUCAGUUCUGUUUUGCAGCUGACAGGAGUGAUCCUACGAGCAGCAAAGAGGCUCCAGAUCAACGUCUAUGUCCAGAAACUAUCCACCUUCAGGUAAUCAGCUCUCAUCAGUCUCUCCCCUGUUACCGUUAACCCUGCUGUCACCGUGUUGACUUUAAUGAUGCUGGAAUAACUCUGUGGCUACAAUAGACCAGGAAAUACUGCCAGAGUGAUACUUUAACACUCUUGUGCCACCAUCAUCAUUAUUAAUGGACUUUUGGACAGACGUGCCCCGCCUGUUAUACGUGUACUUGGCAUCUGAAGGAGCCAACAGCGAUAUGAUCUGGAGAGUAGACGGUCCAUGAAUAUAGUGCUGAACUUUUUCUCAUGUACAAAGAAUUAAAGUCUCCUUCCUCAAAUGCUUCUUUUUGAUGCAGUCAAAUGGAUGAAAUAGAUGAACAGAUAUGUUAACACAGAAAAGCUAUUCUUGUGACAGAGAAUGAAAGUGUAAGGUUACUUCAGUAGUUUAAUCACAUAAAUUCAGCUGAGCAUAUGACGCACGGACGGACCAAACGCUGCUUAAAAAGGUGUUGAAUCCAACCAAGUUUUAGACUUCAGGGGUUCCCAUGAAUAUAGAUAUUUGAAUUCACUGUGGGACAUAUAUUGAUUGUUUCAUUACCAAGAUUUUUGAUCUUGUUUCAAGUGUAAAUUAAAUCAUUUGAAGUCUGAUUGAUACUGUUCUAUUGACGUCAAAGAUGCGUGUUUUGUUUCCCUCUCUCAGUCAAACAGGAAACGUGAGGACAGUGGUGUUUCCAGUGCUUUAUCUAAACGAGGUACGAAAACACAAACACUCUGGUUCAUCACUCAGUCUUUAUUCUUGUACUGAACCAUCAAUAACAUCCCAUCAGGACCGAAAUCUGAAAUCUUGACAUUGCUCACACAGUUAACAAAAUUUAAAAGUAAUGGACAUUAUUUCUAGACUGAGCUUUUAUAUUUUUGAUUUUUGCACGUGAGAAUGAUUUUCUACCUCUAACGUCUCUCCUGUUGCGUUUUCAGAGCGUCACCAUUGAUGACGCAUCAGCUGUGGAGCUGAAGUCAGUUGUUACCCAGCAGAAUGUCGUGGACAGCAUCCCCUUCAUGCUAAUGGGUGUCGGUGUGAUUUUAGGAGUGAUCUUUAUGUUCCUGAUGUGUCGGCAGAAAACCCCAGAGGUGAGUGUUCGAAACACACAUGAUAGGCGAAGAAUAAAAAUUUGUUUGUGUUUUUUACUGAAAACGUCCGCACAUGUUAUUGGAUAGAUAUAUAUUAUAACUUGAUACUUGAGUCCUCUGUUACAAUAACAUUAUUUUAUCUUUUAGAGCACUGAAGCUGAACGCCAGCCUCUUCUGUCGUCGUAG